AUGAUCUCUUUCACGCAGUGCAACCCGGUUUCAGCAUCUGUGCUCCGAUAUCCAUAUGAAAACCGCCCGCGAGGCAGAGGAAGCGCCUCGCCCCCUCGCUACGUUGAGCCGCUGGAGAAGACACGUCGAAGAGCCAACCUCGUGCCGCUUGCUGGGGCGAACCGUGGUGCCGGGACCGUCGGGCCAGUCAAGAUGGCCGCUACGCCAACCCCAAGUGGAUACACGGCGAAGGUUACGUUGCGCUGUUUCAAAGGCGCGCCGGGGGGCUUGAGGAGAGAGAGCAACGACGCUAGGGGAGCAACUUAG